GCUGCGGCGGGAGGCGGGGUCUGCGAGCCGGGCGGGUUACUGUGCUGGAGCCAUGGCGGCCUCUAAGGCGGCGGCGGCGGGGCCAGCGGCCCUGGCCUCGGGCGCCGCGGUCAUCCCAGAGGCCGCGAGAGGUGCCGCCGCCGCCGCCGCCGCCGCCACCGAUUCGGACCCGUGGGGUCCCCCGGGACGACUAGGGGGCAGCCGGCCGCGACCUUCCCCCGCUAGGAAGCAGCAGCAACCCACGGGUCCGGCGCCGGCGGCCCGGGAGCUCAUCCAGCCGUCGGUGAGCGAGCUGUCCCGGGCGGUGCGGACCAACAUCCUGUGCACCGUGCGCGGCUGCGGCAAGAUCCUGCCCAACAGCCCCGCGCUCAACAUGCACCUGGUCAAGAGUCACCGCCUGCAGGACGGCAUAGUAAAUCCAACAAUAAGAAAAGAUUUGACAGCAGUUCCGAAAUUCUACUGUUGUCCAAUUGAAGGAUGCCCUAGAGGCCCUGACAGACCAUUUUCUCAGUUUUCUCUCGUAAAACAGCAUUUUAUGAAAAUGCAUGCUGAAAAGAAGCAUAAAUGUAGUAAGUGCAGCAAUUCAUAUGGCACUGAAUGGGACUUGAAACGACAUGCAGAAGACUGUGGGAAGAUCUUUCAGUGCACAUGUGGCUGUCCCUAUGCCAGCAGAACUGCUUUACAGUCUCAUAUUUACCGAACUGGCCAUGAGAUCCCUGCAGAACACAGGGAUCCACCUAGUAAGAAAAGAAAGAUGGAAAACUACCUACACAACGGGAAACUGUCCAGUAAGACCACUGAAUCAUUAAACAACCAACAAGCCCCCAGAGCAGACACUCAAAAACUAGAAACUUCAGAAAUAAAGCUAGUCACAUCUUUUGAAGACUCUUGCAGCUCUAAUGCCAGAACACAGACUCUUACAACACCUCCAAGAUACCCUCAGAAGUUGCUUCUCCCAAAGCCCAAGGUGGCCUUGGUUAAACUCCCUGUCAUGCAGCUUUCUCCAGUGCCUGUCUUUGUGCCUACAGCUGACUCCUCAGGCCAGCCUGUGGUGUUGGGUGUAGAUCAUCAGGGCUCAGCCCCUGGUGCUGUGCACUUACUGCCCUUGUCCAUAGGAACCCUCAUUCUUGGCCUGAAUUCAGAAACUUGUUCUCUUAAGGAAAGCCUCCCUCUCUCAAAAAUUCUAACUCCUGUUGCUGUUGAGCCAAUUAGCACAGGUAUCCAAGUAAACUUGGGUAAAAGUUCAUCUAAUCCUUUACAAGAACUAGGGAACACAUGUCAAAAGAACAGCAUUUCUUCAAUCAAUAUACAGACUGAUCUGUCUUACGCUUCACAACACUUAAUACCUUCGGCACAGUGGGCUAGCCCUGAUUCCUCAGUAUCAUCUUGUUCACAAACAGAUUUGACAUUUGGUUCUCAAGUUUCCCUUCCCAUUAGUGUUCAUACUCAAACACUUUUACCCAGUUCUAAGGUAACUUCAACUAUAGCUGCUCAGACAGAUGCAUUUAUGGAUGUUUGUUUCCAGUCAGGUGGAAUCUCCAGAGAAACUCAAACAAGUGGAAUACAAAGUCCCACAGAUGAUCGAGUACAGAUGGACCAAGCUGUGAUGUGUGGAGACAUUUUUGAGACUGUUCAUUCAUCAUACCAUGUCUCUACAGACAAUAUUAUAAGCAACAAUUUAGUGGCAGAUCCUGUAACUCAUAAUUUGUUACCUCAGAACCACCCGAAAACUUUAGGUCAAGAUAUUGAGAAGUCUGCACCAAUCAUAAACUUCAGUGCUCAAAGUAGUAUACUUUCUUCACAGAAUAUGACAGAUAAUCAAACCCAAACCAUAGAUUUAUUAAGUGAUUUGGAAAACAUCUUGUCAAGUAAUUUGCCUAGCCAGACAAUGGACAAUCGUAGUCUCCUGUCUGAUACAAAUACUGGACCUGAUACCCAGCUUCCAUCUGGCCCAAAUCAAAAUCCCUCAAUUGAUUUUGAUAUAGAAGAAUUCUUUUCAGCCUCCAAUAUCCAGACUCAAACUGAAGAAAGUGAUCUGAGCACCAUAACCACUGAGCCAGUCUUGGAAUCCCUGGACAUAGAGACCCAAACUGACUUCUUCCUUGCAGACUCCUCUGUCCAGUCUUACAGUUGUAGGGGAAAUUCUAACUUCUUAGGCCUUGAAAUGUUUGACACACAGACACAGACAGACUUGAACUUCUUUUUAGACAGUACCCCUCACCUGCCUCUGGGGAAUAUUCUAAAACACUCCAGCUUCUCCAUGAGUACCGAUUCAUCUGACACAGAGACCCAAACUGAAGGAAUUGCUGCUGCUAAAAACAUACCUUCUCUUGAAAGCAAAGUUCAGUUGAACAGUACAGAAACACAGACCAUGAAUUCUGGCUUUGAAACCCUGGGAAGCUUGUUCUUCACCAGUAAUGAAACUCAAACAGCAAUGGACGACUUUCUCCUAGCUGAUUUGGCCUGGAACACAAUGGAAUCUCAGUUCAGCUCUGUAGAAACUCAGACAUGUGCAGAACUACACACAGUUUCCAGCUUCUAAAAGUGGAGCCCACUUGUGGGACGGCGUUUACAACUUCCUUCUGGACUUCAAAAAAUGAGAAUGAGAAAGAACAAUUUUGACUGAAUGUAGUUGAUGAUGCAGUUGCUUCAAUUCAUGGAGGUUCUUUGCCUUUUGUACUUGCAAACAUCAGAUUUGUGUAUAAAUGUGUGUAUGAUAAAGUGUAAAAUGUUGGUCUAAAAAUUAUUGUUUUUGUGUUGCCUACUUUUGCCCUUUCACUGCUUCCAUGUUAAAAAGGAAAAAAUAAAUACAUCUUUCAAACACAUCUAGACAUUUAACUGAAGCCAAGCUUACCAGGUACUAGAGUACACAUUUAUCAGAUCUUCAACAUAUUUUAGUCAAAAUGUGACAUGCUUCACUUAAAGUACACCUAAAGUAUUGUUGACUGCUUGUUAGAAAGUCCUGUUUCCUGACAGUAACAUUUAAAGAAAUACACUAUCAGAUGUAAACUCUGUUGCCUAGAUGGUUUGAGAUUUAUGCUGCCUGCAGCUUCAUCUGCUCUGUCUCUUCUGACUUGAAAACAAAGGAAAAAGCUACAGCUGUCAUUAGCAUUUGAGAUAAUUUUCUUGUUAUCAAUAUCAUCCCUUCUCUACAUGAACUAUUUACUACUAAUAGCAAGUAUACAGUACUUUCCUCAACAAGAAAUAUGUUACUGCAAAGUUACUGCCUAAUGAAAGAGCAGCAAAGACUUAAGUGUAAAUACUGAUCCUUCUAGUCUAAAUAAUAGUUGAUGGCAGUCAUGGCCAUACUGGAUGUGGAAUCAUUCCUGGUAGUUUUUACUGGAGAGUGAAUACCCCUUGUACUUGGCUAGAACAUGAGGUGCUCUCUCCAGAGUGGCACAUGUACCAUCAAAAUUCUUAAUGUUUUGUACUUCUAACAAGCUUGAUAGGGCAAGAAUACAACCUACAAUUCAAUGUGAAUCCCACCCACCCACUCCACCCCUGACCUGUUACUGUGGCUUCACUGCACCAUGCCAGUUUUUUUCAGAUAGAACAAGGCAGAGAGAGUGGGAAAGAUUCCGUGUUGCUAAAGCUUCCCCCAGUGAGGUGGAGGCUGGACUAGAAUCUGGGUGGGGUGCAUGAUAACCAGAUGCGUUCCCAAGUGAACUGUCUUGCCAGUCCAGUGAUUCUAUUUCUCAGUCACCUCACAACAUCUUUUCUUUGAAUAAAGGAAAGACGUUAAUCUAGCAAGAAUAUGAUUUGUGCCUUGAAGAUAGAAAUUAUAAAAUAGAUCCACCUAAAGUAUAGUAACUUGAAUUUUGUUGUUUUAUUUUUAUUUAGAGAAGAGAUGGGGCUCUGGGUAGUAGCACACCUGGGUAAGUGCACAAGGACCCAAGUCCAAGCCCCUACUUGCAGGGGGAAAGCUUCACAAGUGGAGCAGUGCUGCAGGUUUCUGUGUCUCCCUGUCAGUUUCUCUCGUUAUCUCAAAUAAAGUAAAAAAGAUAGUUUCAAACAAUCUUCAACUGUAAAAGACCCAUUAUUUCAGUAAUCCAAAAAAAAAAAAAAAAAUCCCUGUCCUGAAAGAAAUAUGGUCAAGCAUGCUUCUGGAGUUUUCUGUAUUUAGAAGAUUCUGGAUUUUUUUUUUUUCCCUCUGUUCAAUUUUAAGGCAAGAAUUGGUAAGCCUGUAAGUUGAGAAAAAAAAAAUUCUCCUGUGACACACAAACUUGUUGCUAAAACCUAAGGAGAAGACUUAUAAUUCAUUUAAGAAAAUCAUCAGUGUUGCUAUUCCUACCCUCAUAGAAUUGUUGAUAGUGCCUACAUAACAUACCCUAGAUAGAUGAACUCAACCUGGUAGAUGACAGUUUAUGUUGGUCUCAAUUGCCUGUGAAUAUGGAUUUCAAAGCAAACAUAAAGCCUUAACUUAGAAUUUCAUUGUUUUAGAAUGUCACUGCCUUAAUGUGCAAGCAUUUACUUAAGUUCUCUUAAUAAAGGAGAAAUGCAUGUUUGUGUUUAGGGCUGUUUGUAAAUAUAAAUGCAGCAAUCUAUGGCUUUUAAAAAUACUGUUACUGUGAUAAUGUUUGUUAAUCAAGAUGAUAAUUACAGGAAAAUGGAGCAUGUAAUAGUUCUUUAUGUACAAGUAAAAUCUUUUCCCAAAAAAAACCUUGGUUACCUGAAUUGUUCUAAGAUUUGUAAAACCUGAAAUUUCAGUGAUUAAGUCAGAGAAUUCUACCUUUUGGGGGGGGGUGAAUUUUAGAGCUCAUAAUGUGAGUUACUUUGUUGUCUUUCACAGACUCAUCUCACUUGAUUAAAUUAUUGUGCCUGCUUAUUUUCA